UUCAAGCGCGUAGUGUGGUGCGGACGUUUUCGCUGUUAUUUUCAGCAAAUGUCAAUAAACUGGUUUCUGUUUGCCACAGACUUAACUUAUGUUAUCUAUAGUGAAUGUUGUGCCUGAACUUGAAGUUUAGUUGGAUUGUCUAUAUUAAUACAGAUAUCGAGCGGGUGUUUGUGAAUGCGUAGCGCACUCUGUCGGGGAUUGGCAGAGUGAGGUCGCGAGACGCGCGGGGAGAGGGGCUUCUUCCCCCUACUUCAGUUUCUACGGUGACUGUGUCGAGGGAGGACGUUUACGCUUUUUGCCGCGCCAAAGGAUCGUUCGCGCGGCAACUUUGAAUAGUGUCGGUGAACGAAGUGUGGAUUGUGAUAAAGAAAUGUGUACCGGAUUGCAGUGAACCACUAAUUGGAUGCAGUGACUGGAUCACGUAUCGGAUUGCAGUGUUUAUUGGAUUGAUAUUUAACAACCUUCCAAACUGGGGAUGCAUAAGAUGGAGCUAGGUGACAGCGUGUACGCCGCUGAGCGUAUCAUGAAGAAGAGAAUUAGAAAGAACAAAGUCGAAUACUACGUGAAAUGGAAAGGGUGGAAGCCGAAGCACAACACUUGGGAACCAGAGGAGAACAUUCUCGAUCCGCGGCUCAUUCAGAGCUUCGAGAGAGGCGAAGAGUUGAGAAGGCAGGGCCGCAAACGGGAGCGAGAACAUUCGCCGGUGGAACGAGCGCGCAGCGGCUCCGAGGAGCGCCACCCGCCGCCCGGCAAACGCAAAGCUGAGGUCUUGUCUAAGGAGUCGGGAAAGAUUGGCGUCACCAUUACAAUGAGUCCUCCUGCAAAGAAGCACGAUUCUACAAAGUUGAACGGUGGGAGAACUCACGCGCAACCUCCACCGCCAGCCGCCCCUCCCGGAGGAGCGGCCGCCCCAGCCUCCCCUGCUGCGGAAGCGGCGGCGCCCAGGACGGGGCCUAGAAGGGCACCGCAUUCCCCAGAAGAAGCCGACGCCCAUACUCCCCCUGAAAGAGAAAGACGCACAGACACCCAGCCAACAGCGACAGCCCCCGCGGAACCGAAAGGCGCUCGACCGCCGCCUCCCACGCCGCAAUUCGAAAUUCAAAUGUAA